GCGCGCGCUUGUUCAAAUUACUUGAACUAUGGAGUUGGAUUCGGAGGAGCGACAGGGCUCUAAGAAGUCUAACAAACGUUACGUGCGUGUGAUAUUUGACAAGGAAGAUGAACUUAAGAAGAGGGAAGACGGCGUGACGAAUACUUGCAGCUCGAUAGACAUGAUUUGUCUCGUCGGUCAACGGCUCAACGAAAACGGCAGACUGCUGGAUGCGAUUGCAAGUCUAGGCAUUACAGUUUGCCACUCGGAUGAUGGGCAAGUGUUUGAGGAAGAGAUGCCUGAAGAGUGCAGUUUGGCAUUUGUUUUUGACGACUUCAGCGGUUCUGUAUUUGAUAGUCUGUGGGAGUCAAAAAGAAGGAUUCUGGGACCACCCUACAUCAUUUUGUGUGCUGAGAAGAAAUUGCCCUUGCCUUCUGUGACGAGGCCUGCUUACUGUCAAGUCAUGCGUGAUUUAAACAUCUGCUUCACUGGAUUCAAGUCUCGCGACGAAUUGAGUGCAUUGUGCUGGCUCGUUCACUCAAUGGGUGGGAGUGUAAAAAGAGACUUCAAUUCAAAAGUAACCCAACUUGUAGCAAAAAAUGUAUCGGGACCAAAAUACAGAGUUGCGGUUGCUCUUGGACUGCCUAUAAUGACAGGUGAGUGGAUUCACAAAUGUUGGGAAAGGAGAGACGAUAUAUCAUUUACUGCAACAGACGAAGAGAUGGAAUGUUAUAAACAAGUCCCAUUCUACAAGUGUUGUCUAUGCUUUCAUGACUUCGAUGAUGUGGAACGGCAACAUAUGGAGGAAAUUGCGGCUUCCAAUGGUGCCAUUUGUGUGUCAGAAAAUCAUGAGGCAUGUACUCAUGUCAUAGUGGCUAGUGACUCCUCAACCGUGUCAAUGUACUCACCACGUGUUCGAGUUGUUAAACAGGAGUGGUUUUGGGAAAGUGUUGCUUUAGCCGCGUGCGCUGAUGAGUCGCUUUACUUGCUCAGCAAGGAACAGAGUGAGCCGGCUUAUGGUGUGAAACAGCGGCUGAAGAGUCAUCAUCCCGGAUCGGGUGAGCUAAAAGGCUCUCGCAAACGGAGAACGGCCGAUUUUAUGACCAGUGACAGAGAUAACUCAGAGUUGAACUACACAAGUGAUGUGCUUAACUCACUGUUGGAUGCAUCCGUUGGAUCGGCCGCCUCACCAGCUAAACGUGUGAAGGAUGAAAAGCUGUCAAGCAGUGAAGGCAAGAGUAGCAUUCAACAGGAUGAGACAGUGAUGACUAAGGAAGGAAAGCAAGAGAACGCUAGAAAAUUGAUUGCAACCGAGUUACUGCAGACUGAGAGAAAUUAUGUAACUAUUUUGGACGUGAUUAUUACAGUUUUUAAAGAACCGCUGGAAAAGUCGGCCAGUCGAAAUGCAGCCAUUCUGCCAGCGGAAGAAAUCAGAGCGAUUUUUUCCAGCUUUCCUGACAUCAUGAAAAUUCACGCAUGUCUAAUGGAGUCUCUCACUCAAGAAAUAGAAACGUGGUCUUCUCAAACUGACAUCGGAAAGGUCAUUCUCAAUCAUACCGAUGAUUUGGUAAGGAUCUAUCCACGAUUUGUAAAUUUCUUUGAAAUGACAAAGGAGAAAAUCCAUCAAUGUGAACGUCUUUAUCCACGAUUUCAUGCAUUUUUGAAGUGGAACAUUGCCAAGCCACAGUGUAAUCGUCAGACGCUUCCUGAACUCAUGAUUACUCCCAUUCAACGGAUACCUCGCCUCGUCUUAUUACUGCAAGAAAUGCUGAAACACACUCCUGAUGGCCAUCAGCAGAAAGAAAGUCUAGAAAAUGCAGUAAGACAACUGAAGACAGUUGUGAGUCACAUCAAUGAAGACAAACGGAGAAUGGAAGGGCAGAUUAUGUUAUUUGACAUACUGAGAGACGUCGACGGUUGUCCGGCAAACUUGCUGUCUGCUCAGCGAAGUCUCGUUUUCAGACUGGAUUUGUUUGAAAUCACCGAUAACUUGAGUCACAGAGGAGAACCGGUUACCAUGUUUUUGUUGUCCGACAGCAUUGAGAUAGCUAAACGAAGAGCCAGUUGGAUGCCAAGCCCAAAGAAGUCUUCCAACCACAAAGCCUAUCGACACGUCGAAUUCUUUUUGCUGUCACAUAUAAAGGCUAUAUUUGAUAUCAAUGAUUCUACAGGUUCGUCUCAAAUGUUUGGUUUUAUGAUUGGGUCGUCGACAGAACUGAUUGAGAAGGUGAUGAUUUUUCGUAUUCCAUCUCCUACUUCAGAGUCUGAAACCACUAUGACCAAAGACCACAUCUUGACAAGCAUACGAGAAUGCAUAGCAAGAACAACAUGCAAUGUACAGAAUGAAUUAGUGGUUCAAUCCGUCAGUGGUGAGCAACUUUCAAGCUUGCUGCCUCGCGUAUCUCACACAAAAUCGGAACAUCACGGAACAUUAACUAGAGCAUUGAGAGGAGCAAAACACAAAGCAAAGAAAGUGCAACGGGCCUUUUCACAUCAUGUCACCAAGUCACCAAAGUUAAUGGAAAGUGCAACUUCGUUAGAAAAUGUGUCAGCCAGCACUUCAAGAGCUGAAGGCACAGAGUUGACAUGCAGUCAUAGUACACCCAAGAAGGUGAUCAAACUCAAGUCAACCCAGUCAUUGGGACGAUCAGCAGGCUCUCUUGUCUGACAGGGGUUAAGGGGAAAGGAUGUACAUGAAUUUAUAGACUACAGUAAUCUCGCAAAGUAUGUACUUAGGUGGGUGGGGGUGGGGUUGUCAGCAUAAAUCAAAUGUAUCUGUGUCGACUACUUUUAGAAGUGUACACC